GAGAUUGAUCUAAGCGUCACGUGAGAAAGCUUUUACUUAGGUAAGAGGUGAAAUGUUUAUUCGACGUCACUCAGGAGAGUGAGUCUUGUGACAGCAGCAUGCUAAGUGAUCAGGUACUGAUGGCGGUUAUCUUGGUGAUACUGGGACUCUGCCAUGUAGCUUUGGGUGCUGUUGUUCACAUGAAGCAAGGUUUGAAGAUUCCCACCGACACCAAUCACCAUAGGCUUGGGAACUUGCUUCAGCUGGGAAACCUCAUCUCCUGUUAUACUGGCCGCAGUGAGUUGGACUAUAUAUACUACGGCUGUUACUGCGGCCCUGGCGGAAAAGGGAUUCCUGUAGAUGCCGCUGAUGCCUGUUGCCAGGUCCACGACAACUGCUACGGUCAGGUUAAGGCCACGGGGACAUGUCCGUUUGACACUGACCCGUACUUCAGGACAUAUCGGUACACGGGGUGUGGGUCAAGAGCGCCCGCACAGUGUGUGCCAGCAUCUUCCUACAUCUUCUCCGGUACAUGCCGCGCUGCGAUCUGCCAGUGUGACCUGGCCUUGGCGCAGUGCCUGGGUGGAUCUCCCUUCAACAAGCAGUACGAAUUUUACGACAAAAGUAGCUGUUAACCACCAGCCAGCUGCAGGAGAGCAUGCGCCACUGGGCUAGGAACAAAAACGCAUGGCCAACAACAGUUUGGACGAAUUGCUCAAUUGUAGGAGUGAUUAUUUCUUCAUCUAGAAUACACCCAUGAGAUGAAUUGUUAUUUUUGAAAUACUCAAGCUACGGUGGACUGUUUUCCCAUUUGUUCUCUUAUGACCUGUAUGAUAUUUUAACUACAGUUAACGUUUCGGUGCAAUUUAGAUGCCCUCCAGAAACUACCAAAAAUUCAUUCCGACUUUCAAAUGUAUAGGCCCUAUCUGCAUUAUAACCGAGCACAAUUGCCAACCUACCUCUAUUCCCAAUUUUUAAAGAUUUUAAGCAGUUACGUUGUUAAUGCUAAUCAUUUCCCAUGGCCCAGUAACAUUUUUUCUUGUUUUUUUAACCUGUAUCUUUGGGUGGACCAAUUGUAGUUUGCAGACUCACUGCUCAUUACAUAAGAUGAUAAAAUUUCUUGAAAUAGCGGUGUUGCCGACACGGAACCAGGUUGUGCAUUUUCAAAGUAGUUAUCAUUCUAGGCCACGAAGCAUCAUCGUUAAUAUAAAAAGGUGCUCAUAUAUGCACUGCACUCUUCCUGACAAAGAUCUUAACAUUAUCAUCCUUAGUUUAAUAACUUGUUCAGAACAGUUCGACAGAAACAUGGUGAAUCAAUCAUUAUUUCCAUGAAUAAACGGUAUCGUUUCCUGA